GGCUCCGGCGUCGCGUCCCCGGGCUUUGAUUUUCCUGGCGGGAAGCGAAGCCAUGGAGCCAGGCGCCGCCGGGAGAAGGAGGAAGAGCGGGGUGAAGGAGGAGGAGAAGGAGGAGGAGAAAGCGGCCCCGACGGAAAGGGCAGCAGGGGCGGCGAAGGGAGCCACACAAGGGCCGAAGGGGAGGAAGCAAGGCGAGGGCCAGAAGGAGAAGAAGGGCGGCGGCAAGGAGAAGGGGAUGGAGAAGAGCGGGAAGAAGGAGGAGGAGGAGAAGGAGGAAGAAGCGGCCCCGAUGGAGAGAGCGGCACAAGGGCCGAAGGGGAGGAAGGGAAGCGAGGGCCAGAAGAAGGGCAGCAUUGGUGGCGGCGAGGAGAAGGCGAUGGAGAAGAAGAAGAAGAAGAAGGAAGAAGCGGCCCCGACGGGGAGGACGGCGAAGGGAGCCCCAGAAGGGCCGAAGAGGGGGAAGGGAGGCGAGGAACAGAAGAAGGGGAUGGAGAAGAGCGGGAAGAAGGAGGGAGAAGUGGCCCCGACAGAGAGGGCGGCGAAGGCGGUGAAGGGAGCCCCAGAAGGGCCGAAGAGGGGGAAGGGAGGCGAGGAGAAGGGGAUGGAGAAGAGCGGGAAGGAGGAGGAAGAGGAAGCGGCCCAGACGGGGAGGGCGGCGAAGGGAGCCACACAAGGGCCGAAGGGGAGGAAGCGAGGCGAGGGCCAGGAGAAGGGGGUGGAGAAGAGCGGGAAGGAGAAGGAGGAAGAAGCGACCCCGAUGGAAAGGGCGGCGAAGGGAGCCACACAAGGGCCGAAGGGGAGGAAGGGAGGCGAGAGCCAGAAGGAGAAGGUGGGCGGUGUGGGCGGCAUGGAGGAGAAAGGGAUGGAGAAAGAGGAGGUAACCGCGGCCCCGACGGCGCGGGCUGCAGAAGGGCCGAAGGGGAGGAAGGGAGGCGAGGGCCCGAAGGAGAAGGUGGGCGGCGGCGAGGAGGAGGAGGCGCCCGAGAAGAAGCGCCCUUCCCGAGCCAAGGAAGAAGGGGAGGCGGCGUCGAGGGCCGAGGCGCCUCCCGCUCCUCCUUGGGCUCUCCUUCCCGUCCUCCGCCGGGUGCUGGAGAGGCUCCGCCUGAGCAAGGAGGCGCGCAGCGAGGCCGCCGAGCAGGUCAACCGGCUCCGGGACCGGCUCCUGUCUGCCGUCAGGAAGGCGCCCUGCUUCAAGGCCGUCGAGUUCUUCAGCUCCGGCAGUUACUACGAGCGAGUCAAGAUAUGUAGCCCAGAUGAGUUCGAUAUUAUGUUUAAAAUUCCUAAAGUAAGACUGGAACUGGAACCCUGUGAAGUUGUCACUUCUUCUGGUGCCUUUUAUUAUGUAAAGCUGAAACGAGAUCCUGCCAAUAAGGAACUCAAUCAGUUUUGUGAUGAUAAUGAACAACUUUCAUCUUCACGUAUGCUUUUGAAACUAAGGAACAUUAUUAUAGAUGAAGUAAAGAAAAUGGCAGAUAUGAACAUUUCUGUAGAGAAAAAGAGGCCUGGAUGCCCAGCAGUAACUGUUCUCAUUGGAAGUCCUCCUUCUGUUAUAUCAGUAGACAUCAUUCUUAGUUUGGAAUUUCAUCAUCCCAAGUGGUGUUCCAGUACAGAGAAUGGCAUGGGCAUUGAAGAGUGGAUGGGAACAAAAGUAAAGAAGUCUUUGCGAUCUGAACCACUCUACCUUGUGCCCAAAAACGUUAAAGAUGGAAAGUGCUUUAUAGAUAAUACCUGGCGACUUUCUUUCUCAAACAUUGAGAAGAUGCUGCUUCAAAAUCACGGUCAAACAAAGACGUGUUGUGAAAUCAAGGGAGAGAAAUGCUGCAGGAAAGAUUGUCUCAAGCUUCUGAAGUAUUUAUUGUGGCAGCUUAAAACAAAACAUGAAAACAGAAAUCAGUUUGAGAAAUUCUGUUCUUAUCAUGUCAAAACUGCCUUUUUCCACGCAUGUGUCAAAUGGCCCAAAGACAGCAACUGGCUUCUUGCAAACCUUGAUGAAUGUUUCAACAGAUUAUUGAAUUAUUUUCUCGAUUGCCUCAAAGAAGCUAAGCUACCACUCUUUUUUAUACCUGAAUUUAACUUUUUCUCUGAAGAGAGGAUUGACAGGACGAAGCGUAAUGCACUUGUAAAAACCAUUGAAAAGGAAAUAAACAAUAGAUUUCCUAUGUUUAACUAAUUCAUAAAAAGUGUUAAUGAAACUGCAAGUAAAUCUUUUUAAACUUGAAAUCUAAACACAGAACACAGGAAGAGCUAAUAUUCACGUGCCUGUCUACAGCAUGAGAAAAAAUACUUCAUGUAUGUAAAAGAAUACAAACAAAUGUACAUUUUAUUAAAAAUUAUUUGCAUGUACAACGUA